GGUACUAAAACCAAUUGGAUAGCUUAUUUUCAGCUAUUUUUCGGAUACUUUCUAAACAGAAAUAGCUAUUUUUUCCUCAAAAAAAGUUGGCAACACUGAUUUUUAAUGUGCUCUCAAACAUGUUUAUACAGUUCCUUAAGUUGCUUUAAAUGAAAGCAAGUUACUUCAAACCACCUUUUUAAACACUGCUGUAAUUCGCUUUAUUGCUAACAUUAAUCGCUUUAAAAUGUACCACAAUAACAGCUGUUUGUCAAAUAUGUACAACUACUAAUAGACAUUAAGAACAUCGAUGUUUCAAACAUUUAAUUAAAGAGAAAAUCAUUUCGCAACUAAAGGCACUUCACAGAUAUAUUGUACGAAAACCCGAUUUUAGUUAAAUCAGGUUAAGCUGGUCUAUAAACAUGGUAAUACUGACAGUACAACAGAUUGCAGAACUAUGUUACAACAAGUUCCGCGACUUACCAAAAACAGGGAAACCAACAAACAGUCAAUGGACAGUAUUAGCCGGUAUAGUACAAUACGAUAGACGAUCACAAACUAGUAAGGUGGUAUCCCUUGCUACAGGAACCAAGUGCAUUGGUCGUAGUAGACUAUGUAAAAAUGGAUUCGUUUUGAAUGAUUCCCAUGCUGAGGUGCUGGCGCGACGAGGUUUUCUUCGAUAUUUAUAUCAUGAGUUGUUAGAGGCAGCCACAAGGAACCAACAAGAUAAAGAGGAUGCCAUCUUUAGUUGGGAUCCCGAAUCGGGUUGUUUUGUGCUUAAUAAGCACUUGGACUUUCACUUCCUUAGCACGCAAACACCUUGCGGAGAUGCGUGCAUUCAGGAAGAAGCAGACGAAUCGCUGCCAAAGAGACAGCGACUGUGUCAAGACGAGCAUGAAGAUGCAUCUGAAGCUGGCUUACCAUUAAUUUCCAGCAAUGCAGUUUAUACCGGCGCCAAAUUGAUAAACCGGAAUGAUAUGUCUCUGGAUGAUAUGCUACAAACACCGAUGGCACUCUGCGCACACUAA